AAACGGUACCGGUACUUGAAAUUUGAAAAUCUCACUUGAAAUUCAAAAUGCAUGUUUGUUAAGAUGGAUUCCAAUCAAAUCUGAUUCACAAUUAAUUACUGUUGUCAUAGAGAUUAUCUCAAUCGAGAUAAUCAAGUUUGCAUUGUUGGUAGGUAUGAGGACACUCACGAACAUUAUUUUGUUAGCUUCUUAGAAAAUUAGCAAUUUGAUACUGCUCAACUAAACUUCCUCUAAUCGUAGCAACACUAUAAGUACCGUAAAAGUAACAACAAGUGCAUCUUUCUGUUUUUUGAAGAUGUUGUGUUAGAUAUCCAUUUUCAAUGAAAAUGACUUGAUAUCGUCAAAACCAUUAAUUUAUUAAACUGAUGAAUUCAUUAAUUAUUUUACACUAAAUAAUCUUGAUAACAAAAACUUAUUUACUAGUAAACUCUCAGAUAUUUGGGUAAUGGUGUAACAGUCGAAACUGGGUAAUAUCUAUUGACCAAUAAUGAGAAAAUUUUAAAGACAGAUCUAACCGAAUAUAUAUUUUUUCAAUUUCAAUUUUCAGUGAUUAACUUUACUGAUUCAUGAAAAAUGUUCUCAGUAACUCGAAUUUCACUUCUCUUCGGCUCUUUUGGAAUUUUUAUUCAAAGUUAUGUCUGUUCUGAUGCAACUGGGAAUAGUAGUGAGUGUACUAGGACAAUCAAGUUAGCACUAACAAUGGAGGUGUACAGUCGGAUGAUAGAGGUGGCCUGGGACACAGAAAGCGUGCAGAGCGGCGACUGGAUAGGAGUGUACAGCGGAUCCGUACCUACUUGGCUCAGCAACAGUCCUGGUGUCUUCUCAUUUCCAGUGAUGGUCCCUCAAGGUCGUGUAGUCACCAAUAUAUCAGCUGAUAGUAUCUCUGCAAUCAAACUGAACGUUUCUAUUAGUCAAUCCCUUAUUGACUAUUCAGCAUGCUACUGGAGAAAGACAAGUGACAAAUCUGAUGAAGCCUUCACAACUACAAAGUUCUACACAUUUCCUAACUGGCAAGGACACUAUUGGGAGGCAAUUAAAGGUAGAGCUCUUACAGACAUUUUUCUUCCAGGAACAGUGAAUUCAGCUUGUUACACCAUUCAAAAUCCGCACACUGUAAUAGCUCAGCUUGCAUUGGGUAUAAGGUAUUUAGACAUCAGAAUAUCGAUGCAUAAUCUCAAUUUCUAUGCAGCCUAUUACAGUUGUUGUCAAACGUUACUUAAUGAUGUCUUAAAUGAUCUUUUGCACUUCAUCACACAUUCCAAAAAUGAAGUUGUUAUUUUGGAUAUAACAAGUAUAAAAAACAGUAGUAGUAAGUUUCAAGACAAUGGAAUAGAAUAUCUGAAGGAUAAAACUUUAUUCCAAAAAAUUGUUUCUUGGUUUCGUGGCUUGGGAUCAGAUAAUGAAGCUAAUCAUGAUUAUAAAGUUGAAUUCGAUGAUUAUUUGCUCAGCCAUUUGAAUCAGACAUUGAGAGUGGAUGGUGAACCAAUUUUCAUUGAAAGAGACUGUGAAGACGGUGACGAUGACAAACAUGAUGGUUCGUCAAUCUAUAAGAAAACACUUGAGCAGAUUCUACCUGGUGGAAGUAAAGUAAUCAUCUCUUAUCCAUACGAUGGAUACGAAGGCAGAUUUAAAAAAAUGAUAUGGAAGUCUUACAUGUCGAUGUUCAAUUGGAGCAAAGCUGACGUGACAGAAUACUUUAUCAGACAAGGAGCAUUUCCAGAGUUUAUAAAGCCAAACCAAUUAUUCUAUGCAAUUGAAGAUGGUCACAAAGUUGAUUAUUAUGAUGGUGACAACUCUUCAAGUAACAACACCGAUAGUACAAAGUCUAAGGAAAGUGACAAAGACAAAACCAGUGAUAAAAGUAACAUUAAGAAUAAUUCUACUGUAGAUUUCACUCAAGUGUCAGUCAUUGGUUGGCAUGGUACAUUGGACGGUUCAUCAACCGAAUUUCGGAGCUGGGGCAUCGACGAAGAGUAUAACUUGACAGUAAAUAUACUAUUGGGUCAGUAUUUUCGCAACAUUGGCAACGUUAAGACUGCUUUCAUAUGGAAUCAGCGACUCACUUCUAAUACCAGCAAAUGUGAUCCUAAACCAUCACCAGACAGUGCUACAUGGUACCACGAACAUAAUAUUGUAGCUCCAUAGAUAUAUUUCUAUUACACACAAAAAUAAGCACAAACUAUUGAAAUAUAGUCAACGUUUUGCAUUGGUAUCGUGGUAAUUUUAAAAUCCACAGAAGAAUUUUUCAUGAUGAUGAAUUCAUUCUAAUAAAUUGUAUAUUCUCACUUUAUUAUACUUGAGUUGAAAAUUGGUGUGACCGUAGGAAAUUAAAAAAAACUUUCAAUUUCAUUUCGAAAUCAUUGCAAUAUACUUCAUAAUUUGUGUACCAUUAUUCACUUAUGACUAAAACAUUAUUUUUAGAGUAGUUUGCUAAUUUAAAAUUGAAUUUGAAUAUAAAUUAAUUUCAAUAUACAGAGUAGGUUUAAAGGGAAAGACAAUAUUCUAAUAAGUGAGUGAUUGCAUCUGCAAACUAAUUACUUUUCAAUAAAGAGUAAGCUAUAAUAAAAAAGUUAUAAUAUUUUUUAAAGAAGGAGGAAUUCAGGUUUUUUUUAAUAUCUUUAUCUCUAUCAGCAGAGUGUUAUUUUUCAUAGAAGUAGUCGAUCUAAAUUAAACUAAAUUUAUAAAUGAUUGUAUGUUUAUGUUGACUAUAUUCAAACUCAAUCAACUUGAUUGAAGAAAUUCGAUUUUUUGAAUCAGAGAGAAAACUCAUAUUUCUAUAAAUUACCUGUAUUAGUAUAAUCUCCAAUAUUGGAAAAAUAAUUGAAUAGUUUACCAAUAAAAUGUUUGGAAUAUUUUGGAAUUAAUGACAUCUAGACCUACAUCACGUUAAAUAAAUAUAGGUAGCUAAUAUAUGUGCCUACUUAUAUAAAUAAAUACUUUACAUUAUUAUAUUAUUUGUGAAUUUGGUCUAAUAAUUAGGUAUUGAAUUGAUAUUGAUGAUCUGAAUAAUAAAUCUUCAUUUAUUUCGUUUACAAACCUAA